UAGUUUAUUAGCUAAAUUGAUUUAAUAUAUAAUAGAAUAAUUUUUUAUGAAAAUUAGAUGAGAAAAAUAAAUAUGUUCAAAUUAUUAAUCGUAACCGUAUUAAUGGUUAGUAUUUUCUCGGUUCAAGCGGAACUCGAUGUACAGGAAGAAAUCGCAAAAUUUAUACUAUUGGCAAAUGAGUGCCGUGAGGAAGUAGGAGCCAAAGAAGCGGAUAUUCAAGAUUUGAUACACAAACAUCAAGCUGCUGGCCAGGAAGGCAAAUGUCUUCGCGCAUGUUUAAUGAAAAAAUACGAAGUGCUAGAUGCUAAUGGCAAAUUGGUGAAAUCUGUUGCUCUGGAACAUGCAAAGAAAUUUACAAAUUCCGAUGAGAAUAAACUGAAGAUUGCUAGUACAAUAAUUGACAUGUGCUCAGCGUUGGAUAUCGUUGGCGAUACUUGUGAAGUCGCCGAACAGUAUAGCGAGUGUUUCAAAAAGCAAGCCGAUACGUACGGUAUCACGUUGGAAAUUUAAUAACUUCAUUGUUUUUUUUUUUUUUGUUUUGUUUUGUUACUUUUUCCCUUUUAAAUGUUUAAAUAAAUAAUAAAAUUAUUUUUAUUGCAAGCGUAAAUACCGAUGCAACAAGAUAUUCUUAAA